CGAGAUUCUCGCCUAUUCUCGGAAUUAUCCCUGUUUUGUGUGUCUCAACUGUUUUGGUCUUAGUCUCUGGUUUCUGUUAUUCGCUUAUUGUCUUUGCCUUUGUUGAGUUUCAUUGUCUCUCUUUCUCCUUGUCAGGUUCCAUCCACCAUGAUUGGAGGAGGUAAAGAUCUUCUUCCCAAUGGUGUUGACUCUGAUGGGGAUAACUCAAAGAGCAAAGGGUCACAGCACCAUGAUUUUGAAUACCAAAAGGAGAAAAAACCAGAGAAAGGUGUUGAUUAUCUGAAAAAUUCAGAUGUUGGUGUUAAUGGGUUUCAGUCAAUUUCCACAAAGGUUGGGAAUUCUGGGUUGCAAGAGUUGACCUUCAGCUACCUCUGUGAUAACCAAAAAUUGGGCCUUGCUGAGAAAGACAAAGAUAGAAGCCUGCUGAAUUCAUUGGAGAAAGGGACUUACAAAGGUAAAGAAGUUGUUGUUUCUGAAAAUUCCAAUCAGGAUGAGAAAUGGGUAGAAAGAGAUUUUCUUAGUUUGAGUGAAACUAGGGAGAAUUCUUCAAAGAGAAUCAUUGAGGAAAAGUGUGUAAGGGAAGAAGAUAAGGGGAAGAAGCAAAAGCUUGAGACGCUUAAUCUCUCUCUUGCUUUGCCUGAUGUGGCACUUUCUCUCACAGCUUCAAAAAAUGGGGAUGGUCAAAAACCUUUUAGGCCAAAACCUAGCAAGCCUUCAACUACUACAAUCAAUUCAUGUUCAAAUGAUUACACAGCAGCUUCUUUGUCACACUCUUAUUCUCACCCUUUUUCACACAACCCAAGUUGCUCAUUUACCCGUAAUUCGACAGAGAAUUUUGAGUAUUCACUCAGCAAAGAUAAUCCAAUUUGGUACUGCGGGGAAGGGACUAAUGGAUCAGUUCAUAGCAGGUUCAAGCCAAUAGGAGAUGGGGUUGCUUUGGCCAAUCAUGGUGGUGGGACUAGUCAGUUUAAAGCUACUAGUUCUGAUAAUAACCAUUCGAUUUUCCCCUCAGAAUUGCCUGCUAGGCCUAGAUUUGAAGCUCAACAAUCAGAGGGCUCAAGGGGCAAGAAUUCUGAGAAUCUGAGAGAAAUUGGGAAGAUUUCUAGACCUGAGAGAAUUCUAAGAGAAAUUGUUUCUGAGUCAAUUCCCGCCAUGGCACUAACAUUUCAGGAGUUCACUGAUGAUGUGGUGGCAUCAAUUAAGGAGUAUUUGAAAAACCUCAUUGAAAUUCCAGGUGGGAAAGAAGAAUUUGUGAACCUUCGGAACCGGCUUGAGAGAAGAUCUGACCUUACCAAAGAAGCUCUUUUGAAGUGCCAUAAAGAGCAAUUGGAGAUUUUAACUGCCAUCAAGAUGCGGCUUGGAAGUUUCUUAUCAGGUAAGUUUCAAUUCUCUGACAUGGUGGAGGUUUUCUUGUUUAUGAGAUGUAGAAACUUGAACUGCAAGAGCUUGCUUCCUGUUGAUGACUGUGACUGCAAGAUUUGCUCUGGAAAUAAGGGAUUUUGCAGUUCUUGCAUGUGUCCUGUUUGUUUGAGCUUUGAUUGUGCAAGUAAUACUUGUAGUUGGGUUGGUUGUGAUGUUUGUUCCCACUGGUGUCAUGCUGCCUGUGCCAUUGAGAGGAAUCUAAUCAAACCCGGGCCAAGCUUGAAGGGUCCUUCAGGGACCUUUGAGAUGCAGUUUCAUUGUGUUGGCUGUGGACACCCUUCAGAAAUGUUCGGGUUCGUUAAAGAAGUCUUUCUGUGCUUUGCUAAGGAUUGGAGCCUAGAAACGUUGAUGAAAGAGCUUGACUGUGUAAGGAAGAUUUUCCGCCCAAGCAAAGAUCGCAAAGGGAAGGAAUUGCACAUCAAGACAGAUGAUAUGUUGUUGAAGCUUCAAGCUAAACUGGUAUCUCCUCGUGACGCCUGCAAGUACAUCAUACAUUUUUUCAGCUAUGCGGAUGCCUUGUCCGACAUUUCUUCUUCUGGUAUAUCUUCAAAGGAUUUGUCAGCAUCUCAGGCUAACCUCACAAUGGAGGCACCACCAUUUUCACAAUCUACUUCUCUAAAAUAUACUUAUGAGUUGAGUCAUUCUAAGUCAAAUGAUCUCCAUCAGAAAGACUUCAAAGCCUCAAUGUCAAGUGGACUGAAAAAUGAGACUGAUUUUGACUUGGAUGAUUUGUUAAGGAAAGGUGGGCUUGAAAGCUUGGAGAGCAUUGUGAGGAUAAAGGAGGCAGAAGCCAGAAUGUUCCAGACCAAGGCAGAUGAAGCGAGGAGAGAGGCAGAAGGGUUCCAUAGGAUGAUCAAGACAAAGGCAGCGCAAGUGGAAGAAGAGUAUGCUGAACAGCUUGGAAAACUGAGUUUGCAAGAGACGGAGGAAAGGCGGAGGAAGAAAUUAGAGGAGCUCAACAUGUUGAAAAAUUCCCAUUUUGAUUACUUCAAAAUGAAAAUGAGAAUGCAAGAUGAGAUUGAUAGUUUGUUGAAGAGAAUGGAGGUAACAAAGUAGCGAUGUGUUUAGGAUUUGUUGUUAUUUUUCUUCAAAAAAUUAUAUAUUUAUUAUUUUUCUAAGAAUCUGGAUAAUGUAUUUAAUUUGUUGAUCUGCUGCAAUUUCUUUUUUAUUCAGAAUAGAUAACCUUUUUUUUGAUAAAUUCAACCAUUGAGAUUUUUGUAAGGGUUGAUUGCUAUGUAAGUCUCAUUUUGCUAAUGUUGAUAAUAAGUAUUGAAAAAGGUAAAGUUA